GUUCUGCAGGUCUAUUACGACCAUUAAGCACUGAACGCGGAGGAACUCAAAAUUCUUGACCGGACGCAUACUACUAUUUUGUUCGAAGAUUUUGCGAUAUGCGCGAAAUUGUUCAUAUGCAAGUCGGUCAGUGUGGGAAUCAGAUUGGUGCUAAGUUUUGGGAAGUUAUUUCAGAUGAACAUGGAAUAGAUCCUACCGGCACAUAUCAUGGAGAUUCCGAUCUGCAGCUAGAGCGCAUCAAUGUCUACUAUAACGAGGCCACAGGAGGCAAAUAUGUCCCCCGGGCUGUAUUGGUUGAUUUAGAGCCCGGCACUAUGGACAGCGUGCGUGCCGGUCCGUUCGGACAGCUUUUCCGUCCCGAUAAUUUCAUCUUCGGUCAAAGUGGUGCUGGUAAUAAUUGGGCUAAGGGUCACUACACGGAAGGCGCCGAGCUCUGCGAUUCUGUUCUGGACGUUGUACGCAAGGAGGCUGAGUCGUGUGAUUGUCUACAAGGUUUUCAGCUUACCCACUCACUGGGCGGUGGCACUGGUUCCGGAAUGGGCACAUUAUUGAUUUCCAAGGUGCGCGAGGAAUAUCCCGAUCGGAUCAUGAAUACUUUCUCUGUUGUUCCCUCGCCAAAGGUAUCUGACACUGUUGUGGAGCCAUACAACGCUACACUCUCUGUCCACCAACUGGUUGAAAACACAGACGAAACUUUCUGCAUUGAUAAUGAAGCGCUGUAUGACAUCUGUUUCCGAACGCUGAAACUCACUACUCCAACUUAUGGGGACCUAAACCACCUAGUCAGCGCAACGAUGUCUGGUGUUACUACUUGCCUAAGAUUCCCUGGACAGUUGAACGCCGAUUUGCGCAAACUAGCUGUAAACAUGGUUCCCUUCCCUCGCUUACACUUCUUUAUGCCUGGUUUCGCUCCUUUGACAAGCCGCGGCAGUCAGCAAUACCGUGCUCUCAGCGUCGCUGAACUGACCCAGCAAAUGUUUGACGCCAAGAAUAUGAUGGCAGCAUGCGACCCACGCCAUGGGAGAUAUCUCACUGUCGCCGCUAUAUUCCGCGGUCGAAUGUCAAUGAGAGAAGUUGAUGAACAAAUGCUUAAUGUUCAAAACAAGAAUUCCAGCUACUUUGUCGAGUGGAUUCCAAAUAAUGUCAAAACCGCAGUAUGUGACAUUCCACCUCGCGGCCUGAAAAUGUCGGCUACGUUCAUUGGUAACAGUACCGCAAUCCAAGAGCUGUUCAAGCGCAUUUCAGAACAGUUUACUGCCAUGUUUCGUCGAAAGGCUUUCCUUCAUUGGUACACCGGUGAAGGUAUGGACGAGAUGGAAUUCACCGAGGCCGAAUCGAAUAUGAACGAUUUGGUUAGCGAAUAUCAGCAGUAUCAAGAUGCUACUGCCGAAGACGAAGGAGAAUUUGAGGAAGACUUGGAUGAAGAGGCCUAGACAAACUUUCUCCUAUGAUCGACUCAGGGCCGCGUGCAUUUUUAUAACCCUGACUGCCCGUCAUUUUUACUAAUUGCUUUUGUAUGCACAAUUGCAUGAUCACUAUUUGGCGCCUUUACUUCUUCAAGUUUUGAGUAAACUGAAUCGGUAGCAGAUUCACGUGUGUGUUCUUGAGUGGAUCGUUGAAUACUGAAUACUGUAUUUUGGAGCAAGUAGAAAAUAAUUCUGUACAACUCCAUCG